AUGAGCGUCCCCAGCAUCACCCUUUACAGGGCCAAUGGAGCAUGCUCCUUCGUCCCCCACGCAGUUCUUAAAGAACUAGCAAUCUCUUUUCAAGAUGUUGUAAUGAAAUGGGGCGCAAAUGGAUUAGAGGCAGCCGACGGUAGCGUCACAAGCGAAGAAUACCGCAAAAUUCAUCACUUUGGCUAUGUCCCAGCCUUGCGAGUCAAUGACACCAUCAUCACAGAAAUGCCAGCCAUUCUCACAUACAUCUCAUCGCUAGCUCCAGACCGAAAGCUACUAGGACAAAACGACCUGGAGCGUGCCAAAGCCGCCGAAUGGAUGGCCUUUCUUUCAGGUUCUCUUCACGGAAUGGGCUACGGCAGGGUCUUUCGCCCAGGACGAUUCUCAGACGAUGAGGCUCAAUUUCCCACUAUCAAACAGCAGGGAAAGCAAUUCGUUGCAGACUGCUACAAGAGAAUCGAUGGACUCUUGCAAGGCAAGACUUUUGCGGUUGGUGAGCAAGAUACCGUUGUUGACUUUAACUUGGUCAUCUUUUGGUACUGGGGUUUGGGAAAUGGCUUCUCUAUGCGUGAGGAUUAUCCCAACUAUGGCGAGUUGGUGAGACGGAUGGAGACUAAGGAGUCGGUUCGAGAGGUGGCCAAGCUGGAAGGCAAGAAGCUGUCGUUUGAAUCGCAACUGUGA